GAGAGACCCAACAGGUGCUCUACUUCCGGGAAGAGUAACCUCCCUUGUGUUGAUUUUUUUAAUAACUUCGAAGAACGUUAUUUACGUUGUUCUCACCACUUUCAGCAAAUAGCAGGGGUACAAUUCGUGAUCUACGCCAGGUGGCGCCAGGGUCGAGCCAAGAAAAGUGGCCUUUAUGUGGCAAGGGUAGAAACUUGGAUUUGAUAUAGGUGGGUAAGUGAUGUCUCAAGAUGGGGGAAAGUCCUGUGGACGUACCCGAUGACCCCGGACAGGGAGCAGACGACUGUCGUCUCUGGAUAGGCAAUCUGGACUCCAGACUGACAGAGUUCACCCUGCUGAAAGUAGUCCAGCGCUAUGGUGAGCUGCAGAAGUUUGACUUCCUGUACAACAAGGCGGGGCCGGAGAUGGGGAAGCCACGAGGCUACUGCUUCGUCAGCUAUCACAGUAGACAGAAUGCUGAGAGGGCCUUAAAGGCCCUGAAUGGCAAGCUAGCAUUAUCCAAAAAAUUGAUUGUUCGCUGGGCACAUCAGGAAAAACAGAAAACCGACAUAAAUGCGAAGCCACCGGAGAAGAAUGUUCCAGCAGACAGUGUUGAUGUGAAGAUACAUGCCAUUGAAGCCAAGCUGGAACAAAUGGCAAAGACACAAAAGGACUUUACAAUAUCCAACAAAGUGGAAGCGCCCCCUGGGAGCAGUAAACUGAGUGUUGCAAACCCAGAAAACAUUCGUAAUCAGCUUGUGCUGAAACCUAAACCCUACUACAGAAAACACAGGAGGUGACUUGGGUGGCAAGCAUAACAGGUCAAGUUUUUGGUGAGGCAACAAUUAGCGAUAUUGCCAUUAUUGCUGUCUAAGGAGAAGACACUGGCAGGAGCUGAUUUCUGUUGGUGACCAAAGGAGAGUCCUCUUUGUGGAUGAAAAAGAUUUGUGUUUCUGGUCUGAAGAUAUUCCUGUUUGUGCCCAAAUGGAUUCCUGUUUGUGGCCAGGGGAGAUUCGUGUUUGUGGCCAGGGGAGAUUCGUGUUUGUGGCCAGAAGAGAUUCGUGAUUGUGGCCAGGGAAGAUUCGUGUUUGUGGCCAGGGGAGAUUCGUGUUUGUGGCCAGAAGAGAUUCGUGUUUGUGGCCAGGGAAGACUCGUGUUUGUGGCAAGGGGAGAUUCGUGUUUGUGGCCAGAAGAGAUUCGUGUUUGUGGCCAGGGGAGAUUCGUGUUUGUGGCCAGAAGAGAUUUGUGUUUGUGGCCAGGGGAGAUUCCUGUUAGUGGCCAGGGGAGAUUCGUGUUAGUGGCCAGGGGAGAUUCGUGUUAGUGGCCAGGGGAGAUUCCUGUUAGUGGCCAGGGGAGAUUCGUGUGUGUGGUUGGUGGAGAUUCCAGAGAUCAAACAAAUGUACAUCAGAUGUGACUUUUGUUUCAGCUGAUCAUGUGAAGAAAUAAUAAAAAUAAAAAGAAG